AUGUCAAAAACUUCUCUUCGCUCUCCUUAUUCGUUAUCUCCUAGAGAUUCAAAAGUCUCUUUCUUUAGACAAACAAAUUCAGAAGGGCUUGAUUUAUUUAAUGCCUUUGUCGAACGGAAGAAAGUAACUGAGCAUCUAAUUUCUAUGCAAAAUCGCAUAAAGCAGCUAGAAAAAGAAGAACAAAAGACCCAGAAAAAAAUUGAUUUAGCAAAGCAACAUAUUGAUAGUGUGAAUGAGCUAAAAAAUAGAAAACGCAAAGAAAAAGCUGACAAAAAGCAAUAUGAGAUGAUGAAAAUGCAGCAAUUGGAGACAUUGAGGCAAAGGAACAAUCAAAAAAGACUAGAAAAUAAAGAAAUAAUCAUGAAACAUAAAGGGAUAGUAUUAGAAGAAAGGAAAAGGACGGUUAGAGAGCUUAAGGAUUUUCUGACAAAACAAAAGAGAAACUCGCUUGGCCCUAUGUGCCAAAAUAACUUUAAAGAGUUAUCAAGCACAUAUAAUAAGUCAAGCGUAGAAAGCUCGCCAGGCCCAUCUCGCAUUAAAGAGAAACUUUCUGACGAAAAAACCAGAACAAUUCAAAAUUGGACUGAAAUAAAAGCUUUAAAAGAACGUGAAAAGGAGCUUCUUUCGAGGCUUGAAAUGAAAACAAAGCUUCAAGAAAAAUACUUGCAAGAAUUAAAGUCUGUUGUUUCCAGCAAAACUUAA